AUGUCUUCCCUUAAUGGCAGCGACCAAGGCUCUGUAAAGGAGCCCUCGUGGAUUCUAUUUGUCUCAGGCCCCACAGGCUCUGGCAAAUCUUCAGUCGCAAAGUUUCUCGCUUCCAAGUUAGGAGCUCAUUUCUUAGAGGGCGACGAUCUUCACCCAAAAGCCAAUAUCGACAAAAUGCAUAGAGGAGAGCCAUUGACAGACGCGGACCGCCAAGGCUGGUUUGAGGCAAUCGACGAGCAAGCCUCCGCCUAUAAUCGACAGCAAUCUCAACACCACCAUCUCAUCAUCACAUGUUCAGCCUUGAAACGAGCUCACAGAGACAUUCUGAGAGAAGGCUGCGAUCGCGCGUGGUAUUCUCUCAUGCACUUCUUCUUCCUCGAUGCACCAGAAUCCCUACUACGGCAGAGGACAGAGGCGAGACAGAAUCACUUUGCCAAGUCAAAUUUGGUCCACAGCCAAUUUGAAGUGCUGGAGCGCCCUAGGAUAGACGAAUAUGACGCUACAAUCAUCAGUGUGGUGCCACCGCUGGAUGAAGUGCAGGCUGAGACCCUCAAGGUCGCAACACAGCUUCUUAGCAACGAGCGAGCGUACAAAUGA